CUGCACCAUCACUUGUCAAUUAAUUUCACUCACAAAAAAGAAAAAAUCAAAAAAAAAAAAAAAUUAUGGCCGCGAAUGCAUUGAUGAGCUGCGGCAUGGCGGCGGCCGCCGUCGUCCGCCCGUCGGUCCUCUCAUCUUCGAAGUCGAGAUUCGCCGCCUCAAUUCCGAUGGCCACGAGCGGCGGCGCCACCACCUCACGGUUUACAAUGUCCGCCGAGUGGAUGCCCGGGGAGCCUCGCCCACCCUACCUCGAUGGAUCUGCACCUGGAGACUUUGGAUUUGAUCCACUUGGUCUGGGUGAAGUGCCAGCAAAUCUAGAAAGGUACAAGGAGUCUGAGCUCAUUCACUGCAGAUGGGCUAUGCUUGCUGUGCCUGGGAUCCUAGUCCCGGAGGCGUUGGGGUUGGGCAACUGGGUAAAGGCACAAGAAUGGGCGGCACUACCGGGCGGGCAAGCGACUUAUUUGGGCAACCCGGUUCCGUGGGGGACCCUACCCACAAUUUUGGCUAUUGAAUUCUUGGCAAUUGCAUUUGUCGAGCAACAAAGGAGCAUGGAAAAGGACCCGGAAAAGAAGAAGUACCCGGGUGGGGCUUUCGACCCGUUGGGUUACUCCAAGGACCCGAAGAAGCUUCAAGAGCUCAAAGUCAAGGAAAUUAAAAAUGGUCGCCUAGCAUUGUUGGCAUUUGUUGGAUUCUGUAUUCAGCAAACGGCAUACCCGGGUACCGGCCCGUUGGAGAACUUGGCAACCCAUUUGGCCGACCCAUGGCACAACAACAUUGGAGAUGUCCUUAUUCCUAAAUAAUUUACUAAAUUAAAUAUGUGUUUUUUUUGUCUCCAAAUUAAAUUCAACCCAUUAUUGUAAAGCUCCUUGUAACAUUAAUUAUUAUUAUUAUUAUUAUUGUUUAUGUGUGUAUUGGACAUGGUAUAUUUAUGUAUCUCUUUUUUGUUUGCACUUUAAUUCAGUGAUUACUUUGCACGAUUAGGGCUCGGUCGGUUAUCGUUGUAAGGUUCUAUUGACUAAAUAAUAGGGCUGCUAGUAUCACGUUUGGUUGAUA